GAGGUUUGCUCGUCAGCUCUUUCCUCCGCUCGCUGUCCGCUCGCUCUGCCUCCUCUGUCGAGAGAAAAAAAGAGGAAGGAAUAUGGUUUCAUCUGACGCUCCUCCCGUUCCAGCGCUGCUGUAGCGGAUCUGCACUGCGAGCGAGAGGCUGGGGCUCGGUCCGGUGCAAACCCCCUCUCUGUACUUGAAGCGACCGCCUUCCCCGUUGCCAACCAGCCCGUAGGAGCGCCACCAGCACACCGGGAGACAUAAAUGGUGGAGGCCGUGGUGGAGUUUGACUAUGAGGCUCAGCAGGACGAUGAGUUGAGCCUGACGGUGGGUGACAUCAUCGUGAACAUACGGCGAGACGAUGGUGGCUGGUGGGAGGGCGAGCUGGGUGGACGCAGGGGCCUGUUCCCAGAUAACUUCGUCAGGGAAAUAAAGAAAGACGGGAAGCGGGAUGGAGGUCAGGCCAGCGUCGUUAAAGCGGAGCUCUCCAACGGCAGGGCCAGUCCCGUGGCCAACCCCGGCGUGCGACCGGGUCGGAAAGGGGAGCAGAUCCGUAAGCGCAGGUGUAAGGCGGCGUUCAGCUACGUGCCUCAGCACGAAGACGAGCUCGAGUUGAAGAUAGGAGACGUCAUUGAGAUCAUAGCUGAGGUGGAGGAAGGUUGGUGGGAGGGGGUUCUUAACGGCAAGACCGGAAUGUUUCCCUCCAAUUUCACCAAAGAGGUCGCGAGCGAGUCCGAGGCGCCCUCGGCGGACACGCCCACCUCGCAGGACGACCUCCGCAGAAGUAAAGACAGUCCAGGCAGUGAAAGCGAUGGCGGCGACAGUCGGUCUGAAACAGGGUCAGCAGAAAUCCAGCCUAAGAAGGUGAACAGCGAAAAGAUCAGAGGGUUCGGCUUUGGUGACAUUUUCAAAGACCAGCCCAUCAAGCUCAGACCUCGCUCUAUGGACCUGGACUCAGAGGGAGACAAGAUCAGCGAGGGGAAGGCAGCGAGUGCAGAAACCAUGAGGGCCGAGCCUGACAGCAAAUCUAAAGGGCGUGAGCAGUGCAAGGUCCUGUUCCCGUAUGAGGCCCAGAACCAAGACGAGCUGAGCAUCAAGGAGGGCGAUAUCAUCAACAUCGUCACCAAGGACUGCGCCGAUGCCGGCUGGUGGAUGGGGGAGAUCGGAGGAAGACAAGGCGUGUUUCCAGACAACUUUGUCAAGCUGCUAGAAGUUGAGAAGGAGAGACCGAAGAAGCCGCCUCCUCCCAGCGCCCCGGCUGCUAAAGUCGCCACAGAGAAAAAGUCAGACGUCAAGAAGGUUCCUCCUGAAAGACCUGAGCACCUGCCACACAGAGACCAGGACAGAGGUGAAGAGGUGAAGGCUGGCGACAUCCCUAAGCCCUCCCUCCCGUCCAUCCUCCCCAAGAAACCCCUCCCCCCAAAGUCAAGCUCCUCCCUCUCUCAACCCCCGCGGCGUCCCGAGAGACCGCCCGCUCGAGAGACUCCUGCGUCUGAAAGCCCCAAGUCUGAGGGCGGGGCUUCGACCCCAGAUUCUGCCCCUGACAGGUCACAUGACGUGGAGAUCGAUCUGGACGCCGUGGUUACGUCAACGGAGAAGCUGAGUCAUCCCACGGCGUCGCGGCCCAGAGUCACCGACCGCCGGCCUCGCUCGCAGAUCAUCACACCUUCAUCCACUGACCUGGACGCUCCCGCGGUGGAAGUGAGGAAAGACAGAGCAAAGGAGGAUCAUGACGCGGUCCCGUCAAGACCCGUGGACAUCACCCUGAGGAAAGGCAUCCCCAUCGUCCCCGUCCCCGACGGUAAAGCGCCCCUGCCCACCAAGCCGUGUGCUCUGGCCCUGCCGAACUCCAGCCACCGCACCUUCUCCGCGUCUUCCUCGGGCCUGAGCCCCUCCCCGGAGCUGCGGCACUCGCCCCUGACCCCCCCGACGCUGGAGGAGCUCAGAAGCCAGCUGAGGGACCUGAGGACCUCUGUGGAGAUGCUGAAGAGCCAGCACAGGCAGGAGAUGAAGCAGCUGGGCAACGCGCUGGAGGAGGAGAAGAGGAUUCGUCUUAGUUUACAGAUGGAAGUAGAGCACAUAAAGAAGAACCUGCCCAAAUGAAGACUGAGGCGUCAUCACCUGCUCUGGCACUCUGAUCACCACAUAGGAGGCCGUCAUUGGAAAACAUUUCACCGCCGGCUGAGCCUCCAGCCAAAACGAAGUUUGUGCCAAAUGAUCGUGACGAUCAGCAUCAGCGAACGUGAAGCACCGUGGACUCGGCCACAACGUACCCCACCACCCACCCCCCACCCCCCGACGCCGCCUUGUCCUGAGCUCACUUCUUUCUCUCUGUUCAGUUUACUGCUAUUUUGUCGGAGCUUGCUGUGCCACAGGUACUGACCGGCCUCGGUGCAUCGCCGUGGUUACGGAGCGAUGACGCGACCCGCCGUUGCCGUGGCGAUGUCACCGGUACGCUCUAUUAUUGCCAAGCGUGAAGGGAACGUGGGACUGGACUCGCGUGGCCUCAGACGACCUCUGUGCUCUUUGUGUGUCCACUCUGUGGCCUUUGACUCUUCUGCGUGUGUGUCUCCUUUUUUCGCUCCGUGUGGGGAUUCCAGUUUUGGACCUGCAAAGUGACCCUGAAGCACCAGCUCUACUCUCCAAACUCUUUUCUUCUGACCGUCACACCUUUUUAACUUGCAGUCAGGUCUUCCAUCCGCUAAAUGAAGCAGGCUAAAAUCACAAGCACAUCUGGAUUGUCCCUUAAAAGCUCAGAUGACACAUACUGAUGCUGUAGGUGCUAUUUCAAGUACUUUGGCUUUUUGAGAAAUCUGCUGUUUACUUUGAUGUGAACUCGUGUGUCUGUUACUUAUUAAGAUGCAGUAAAGCUUGAAGCAGAGCUAAACAGCUCCUGGAUGUAGUUUCAUGAUGUACCUGUAUUUAGCUUUAGCCUCUGAAACAAAUGCAAUUUCUCCACAAGUCAAUCUACUCUGAAUCCAAAACUGCCCCAGAUGUUUGACUGCAAAUUAAAAACUGUCUUGAAGAAAAGCGCUGCAUGAACACACCCGCGUGAGACAGGAGAAUUGCCUUAUGAGGACGACAUCGAACAGACCCCGAAGCAGCUGAGGUUUGUGGCGCAGCGGGAGGUUGGAGAUGCUUUAAGGAAUGUAGACAAGGGAAGAUCCUCACAGGAAGGGAAUGGAAGAGAAAGUGUGUGUGUGCAUGUAUGUGUGUGUUUGUUUUCGCAUGUACGGCCGUUUGCCUCCCUUCCUACAUGUGCACAGAAUCUAUGGCAACCCGUCACUGUGGCCUUCCUGUCUUUCUUUCUUUCUUUCUUUCUUUCUUUCUUUCUUUCUUUCUUUCUUUCUUUCUUUCUUUCUUUCUUUCUUUCUUUCUUUUUCUCUCUCUCUCCUAUGACAACAAGGAAACUGCUACAACUGAGGCUCCAGCUUGUUUUCUUGACUCUGUCUUUUCUCUCCAGGAUAGUGAUAAAUAUAUACUUUUAUAUUUCAGUGUAAUAAAGAUGCUAUUAUGUA